CUGAGAAGCAUUUAUCACAGAGCACAGUUCCUGACUUUACAGAGCAGCAGAGAUGAACCAGCAAAGAGUCACCUAUGCAGAGCUGAAGCUGGCAAAGGACUCAAAAAGGCCGCAAGUGAAACCUAAAGAGAGUAAAAGCUCCACUACUGUGACGGAGCCGGGAGUAACCUACGCAGAAUUAAAUCUUUACAAUGCUGCUCGGGAUCCUCAGGAGAAUGGCAAGUCAUGUCACCUCAAAGGCUUAGCAGCACCUCCAGAGAAGUGCAUUGCUGGGAUCUUGGGACUCACCUGUCUUGUCUUGAUAUGCAUUAUUGUGCUGGUGUGGGUUUAUACCUCUGCUAUAACUCCAGAGCAGAAUGAUUUCUCCCCAGUAACAGACAUCCAGAAAGCAUGUCAUUGUGGUCCUUGUCCAAAGGAGUGGAUUACUUACUCCAACAGCUGCUAUUACUUUAGUGAUGAAAGAAAAACCUGGAAGGAGAGCGUGACGGCCUGUCAGAGUAAGAAGUCUCAGCUGCUCUACAUAGACACUGAGGAAGAAAUGAAAUUUAUGAAAUCCAUAUCAGUUAUGUCAUGGGUUGGAGUCCACCGUAAUGGCAGUGACCCCAAUGGCAGCGAUCAGACAUGGACAUUUAUAAAUGGGUCAACUUCCCAACUAGAGAUACGAAAACCAGUACCUGCUGACUAUCACUGUAUUAUGGUACAAUCUGAAUAUUAUGCAGAGAAUUGUGAUAUCCCAAAUAUGUAUUAUUGCAAGCAUAAGCCUUAAAUUAAAAAAAAAAAAGACACUAAGUUUGGAUUUAUUUGUGUACCUUUCCAUUUCAAGAAAUAAGUCUUAUUAUUGAUUUUGUUUUUUGGUCUAAUGUCAUUUUUUCAAAUAAUUAUUGAAAUACACUAUAGCAAAAUGUACAGAUAUAAUUACUUUUGUCCCUGACAUUUUUUUGUGCAACAUUUCAUUCGUGGUGUUCAGCUUUCAGAAAGAUCAUUUUUUGUGUGAGUCUAUUUAUACAUAAUGGCAAACCAAUGGGUACAGAAAUUGGAUUGGGGGUUACCCAGGACUGAGGGAAGGCAGGAUGAGGAGGUGACCAUCUAUUGGUUCAGUUUCUUUUUGAAGUGAUGAAAGCUUUCUGAGUGUUAAGGGUAAUGAGGUUUGCAAACUCUGACUUUGCUAAAUAUCUUUGAUGU